UUGGAAACACGUCAUACCCAGAAAGAAAAUAAACAAAAAUUGACCUGCUGUUCGAGGAUGAUGUACCAAUAACAUAAUGCGACGGUUUAACGUAUGCACUGUUAUUAGAAUAUACACAAUUUAGGUUAUUUGGGUAAUCUGACCUGCAUCUUUCAGCACAAUCAACGCUACAUUUAAGUACAAGUCGUGGAUUUCCGAUUUGUGAUGAGCUGGGCAUUCCAUUAUGGACAGUGAUCUAAGUCCUCAAGAUAAAAAAGACUUGGAUAAGUUUAUUAAGUUUUUUGCUUUAAAGACCGUGCAGGUGAUAGUCCAAGCAAGACUUGGAGAAAAAAUAUGCACACGGUCCUCAUCCUCACCCACAGGCUCUGAUUGGUUUAAUCUUGCAAUCAAAGAUAUCCCUGAAGUUACACAUGAGGCAAAGAAAGCUCUUGCUGGGCAGCUUCCCGGCAUUGGAAGAUCCAUGUGUGUUGAGAUCUCCCUCAAGACCUCAGAGGGAGAUUCCAUGGAGUUAGAGACAUGGUGUCUGGAAAUGAACGAAAAAUGUGACAAAGAUAUUAAGGUGUCCUACACUGUCUACAAUCGCCUGUCAUUACUGCUCAAGUCGCUGCUGGCCAUCACCAGGGUAACCCCUGCCUACAAACUCUCCCGAAAGCAGGGACACGACUAUGUUAUACUAUACAGGAUAUAUUUUGGAGAGGUUCAACUAACAGGAUUGGGAGAAGGCUUCCAGACAGUGCGUGUUGGUGUUGUGGGAACUCCUGUUGGAACCAUCACCUUGUCCUGUGCUUACAGGACAAACCUGGCAUUCAUGUCCACCAGGCAAUUUGAGAGGACAGCUCCAAUUAUGGGCAUAAUUAUUGACCAUUUUGUUGAGCGGCCUUUUGGCAACAUGGGACACAUGCACCCAUGUAACUACAGAGCGCCAGCAGAGGAGGAGGGAGGAUACACUGGGGUGGAGGAUUCUCAGGAAGUGUGCACCACCUCCUUCUCCACGUCCCCACCCUCACAAUGCGUUUCUGCUCUGAGUACGGCCCAUUUAAAGAGUCUUAAACCUGCAGUGAUGGAUACUCUGAAGGUUCCUGUGAUGAGCUUGGGCUUCUCACACCAACUCUACUGCUCUCGUCUUUCUUAUCAGCCUCCUGUGCUUGUUGGAGCUGCCGACUUCUGCCACCCCUCCACCCUAAACGCUGCCAACCCACACCAGAUGGGGAUUCCGGGCAAGGAGGGGGGUGUACCCCAGCAGGUGCCCGUGCAGCCUUGUCACGCGGCCCAGGCGGAACACGCACGAGCGUCCUCGUGCCUCCCCAACGACCACGUUCCGGCAGUGCCCUCCGGCAGCGGCGAGGACGCAGAGGCCUCGUCAAGGAGCACGGAUGGGAAGAGCGUCUCUCCCCGUGAUGUUAUGGAGACCACCUUUACCAGAAAAGUGGGUGCGUUUGUCAACAAGCCAGGGACACAGGUAACCACAGCAAGCCUGGACUUACCAUUCGCAGCAUUUGCUCCUAGAGCCUAUGACAUUGAGGAGAACGACCCUAUGGUCCAGCCCCCAGAGUCCCCGGCCACCUCCUCUCCCCUACAGGGCAGUUUGCACUCCCAGGGCUCUGGUGAGAGUGGAGUGCCGGCCCAGGAUGACUUUGUCAUGGUGGACUUUAAGCCUGCAUUCUCUAAGGAUGACCUUCUUCCCAUGGACCUUGGCACCUUCUACAGAGAGUUCCAGAACCCCCCACAGCUUGCUAGCCUCACUAUCGAUGUCAGUUCGCAAUCCAUGGCUGAGGAUCUGGACUCUCUUCCUGAAAAACUGGCAGUGUAUGAGAAGAACAUCGAUGAGUUUGAUGCAUUUGUGGACACGUUGCAGUAGGAAAAGGAAUAGAUCAACUGUCUCCAGUGACAGAUUAUCCCUUUUAGUCCAUCUGGAGGGUUUCUUCCCCUGUUUGUUUGCAUUCAGUCGCCUGUUCUGUCUCUGUUAAAACUGCCUUGAUUUGUAAUCACUGGUUGGUGAACUGCACAGUCAGUCUGUACCCAACUACAGAAAACAAAUACCAAAAAAAAGUGCAGCAGUUUCUUUCCAGAUGUGUGAAUAGCUGCGUAAUUUGCUAAUGUUAAGCAGACUGUCUGAUAGUGUAAAUACCAGAUCCUUUCUCACCUGGCUGUUAUACUGUAAAACUUAAUACAUGGUAACAAAUACGCUCAGUUCAUCAAAGAUGCUGUCCAAAUAAUGUCAGGAGGCGUUGUUAUUUCGGUCCUGUGCGACAGAAUGUUUAUGUCACCUAUGGAGUCAGACCAGGCAAUGUUUCAGUGGAUGUGAAAAAGCCAAGCUACAUAUGGAAAUGUAUCAACAUUAGUGGUCACUAUAUCUAAGACACGGUAAACAGGACGGAAUCAGUUUUGAAAGAGAAGUUCCUGUUUGUUGAAAAGGGGGUGGGGGGGAUCACAUUCUUUUGCUUUCUUUCUAGAAUCUAGAAUAAGAACUUUAGGACAAAAAGCACUGUGUGUCUCGACCAAUGACAUAACUCCCUGCUCACCUCCUUUGAAUCACCAUAUAAAGCAACCGUUCAUCGGCAAAGAGGAUAAACAUUAUUUGCACUUUUCAGUGUUUCAAUCUUAAAUCGUCCCUGAGUUUCCCAAUGCUUUCUUAAUAUGGCAUGGUCAUGUGUAAUAAAAGUUGUAUUUCAAAAGGUC